GCUUCCUUUUCACCGGAACUACACUGCCGGUUAUUGGAAAAGCUCAUUUGGCGAGUGGUUGGGAACAAGACGUGCAAUCUUAAGUUCGUCCACGUACAGAGAGCCUUUUCCGCGCGGCUUCAAUCCUUGUUGUUAACCGUUAUCGCCAUGUCACGGGAAAGGUUUCAAGCCGCGUCCAAAAGGAGCUCUGCUAAAAUGGUCCCCAGCUUGGAGCAGAUAAUGGAAAACAGUCCAGGAAAAACCCCUCUUCAAAUUCUGCAUGAAUAUGGCACAAAAGUUGACAUGAUUCCAGUGUAUGAACAGGAAAAGUCUGAAGGACAGGCACAUCUUCCAACCUUUAUUUUCAAAGUGACUGUGGGUGAAGUGUCAAGCACAGGUCAAGGGCAGACAAAGAAAGCUGCAAAACAGAAAGCUGCUGAAUCUUUGUUGAACAUUAUGAAAGGUGAUCAUUCCAUUAGUGCUGCAUUAUCAGAAACUGUCAUUUCUGACACCAUACAGCCACCAUCGCCACCAAUCCGAAGUCAUUGCAACCCUGUUGGAACAUUACAGGUCAGUUUGUGCUGUAUCCAUUUACUGUUAUCCUCAUUUGGUCUUGUACUAUUUUUCUGA